AUGGCAACUGUAGCAGCAUCCACAAAUGCCCACAUUGCUGUACUUCCUAGUCCAGGCAUAGGCCACGUCACACCCCUCCUAGAGCUCUCCAAGCUCCUCGUCACACACCAUCACUGUCACGUCACCUUCCUCAACGUCACCACCGAAUCUUCCGCUGCCCAAAAUAACCUCCUUCACUCACCAAACCUCCCUCCCAACCUCCAUGUCAUCGAUCUCCCACCUGUUGACCUCUCCAACAUAGUCAACGACCAAACCACCGUCUUAACCCGUCUCUGUCUCAACCUACGAGAAAAUCUUCCUUCCUUCAACACAAUCCUCGACCAACUAUCCCACAAAUCCCAAGCCCUCAUAAUCGACAUGUUCGGAACCUUCGUUUUCGACACUAUCCCCCAAAACAUUCCCGUUUUCACCUUCUUCACCGCCUCCGCAAGCUUACUCGCUUUCUCCCUCUUUCUCCCACAGCUCGACCGUGACGUGGAAGGAGAAUUCAUCGACCUCCCUCACCCGGUCCAGGUUCCGGGUUGCAAACCCAUUCAAACUGAAGACCUGUUAGACCAAGUAAGGAACCGGAAAAUUGACGAGUACAAAUGGUACCUUUACCACCUGAGUCGCGUGCCUAUGUCCGCCGGUAUUUUACUCAACACAUGGCAAGAUAUGGAACCCGUUACGCUAAAAGCAUUGUCGGAGCACCCUUUCUACCGAAAAAUUAACACCCCACCUCUCUACCCAAUCGGACCGUUGAUUAAAGAAACUGAACCGGUGACGGAGAAUGAACCGGAGUGUCUUGCGUGGCUCGAUAAGCAACCCUCCGGUUCGGUUCUCUUCGUGACGUUCGGAAGUGGGGGUGUUUUAAGUUCGGAGCAACAAAGUGAGCUGGCGUGGGGGUUGGAACUCAGUGGCGUGAGGUUCUUGUGGGUGGUUAGGGUUCCGAACGACGCUAACGCCAGUGCCGCGUUUUUCAAAGCUGGUAGUGAUGACGCGAAUAACGCCGCGCUGCGGUAUUUGCCCGAAGGGUUUGUUGAGAGGACUCGGGAUAGAGGGCUGGUGGUGAAGUCGUGGGCCCCGCAAGUGGCGAUUCUGCGGCACGCGGCGACCGGGGCGUUUUUGUCGCAUUGUGGGUGGAACUCGACGUUGGAAAGCGUAACGCAUGGGGUUCCAUUGAUCGCGUGGCCGUUGUACGCGGAGCAGAGGAUGAACGGGACGAUGGUGGAGGAGGAUGCGGGAGUGGGCGUGAGAGUUAGGAGCGAGGGAGGCGUGGUGGGUAGGGGGGAGAUAGAGAGGGUGGUGAGCAUGAUGAUGGAAGGGGAAGAAGGGAAGGAGAUGAAGCGAAGAGCGAGAGAGCUGAAAGAAAGUGCAAGCAUGGUUUUAGGCGAGGGAGGAGCCUCCUUCGUGACACGAGCUGCAAUGGCUAAUGCUUGCCUGUUUGCAGGGAAGAAUGAUUGCAGCCAGAAGCCCGGUGAGAAAUUGGACAAGACUGCAGUGAAAGCUUGA